CAUUCCCACCACCCGCCCGCCCGCCUUCCCCGCGCGAUCCCGCUCAAACCAAAAUCAGCCCCGGUCAACCAAAAGGCGACCGCGCCGAGCUCCAACCCAGGCGAGGUCGUCGUCGUCGUCGUCGGCGGCGGUUGCGGUCAAAGAUCGGUUGCAAUGGCGGCGGACGGGGACCAGCGGUGGCUCGUGGAUUGCCUGACGGCCACCCUCGACACCGCCCGCGAGGUCCGCGCCUUCGCCGAGGAGUCGCUCCGCCAGGCCUCCCUCCAGCCAGGAUAUGGAGCUGCCCUCACGAAGGUCACAGUCAACAAGGAGGUCCCGUUUGGGCUACGUCAGCUAGCUGCUGUUUUGUUAAAACAGUUCAUCAAGCAGCACUGGGAGGAAGACGAAGACAAUUUUGUGCCUCCUGUUGUUUCUGCCUCAGAAAAGGUUGUUAUACGUCAACUCCUUCUUACCUCGCUGGAUGAUGCUAAUGGGAAGAUUCGUACUGCCAUUGGCAUGGCUGUAGCAGCUAUUGGGCAGAAUGAUUGGCCAGAAGACUGGCCUGAGUUGCUUCCUUUUCUCUUGAAGUUAAUUGGUGACCAAAGCAAUGGGAAUGGAGUUCGUGGAGCAUUAAGAUGCCUAGCCCUUCUAUCAGAUGAUUUGGAUGAUACUUCUAUUCCAAAACUAGUGCCAGAGCUAUUUCCAUCACUGUACAGAAUAAUAUCAUCUCCACACCUGUAUGAAAAUUCUCUUCGUGCAAAGGCUCUUGGAAUAGUCCAUUCGUGUAUUUCCAUGCUUGGAUCAAUGAGUGGUGUUUACAAGAGAGAGACAGUCAAUUUGAUGACUUCAAUGCUUGAUCCUCUUGUGGAGCAAUUCUCUAUAAUUUUAAAUUCACCGGUGCUGUCACCAAAUCCUGAUGACUGGAGCAUGCAGAUGGAGGUGCUGAAGUGUUUACUCCAGCUUAUCCAGAACUUCCCUAGACUACCUGAAGCUAAAAUUUCUGCUGUUCUUGCGCCUCUGUGGCAGAACUUUGUUUCAUCCUUCAAGGUCUAUCACCUGUCAAUCAUUCAAGCUUCAGAGGAUGCUGAUAAUGUGGGCUAUGAUUCUGAUGGCAGUGAAAGAAGUCUUGAAUCCUUUGAGAUUCAGUUAUUUGAGCUAUGGACAACAAUUGUGGGAAAUUCUAUGUUAGCAAAGGUUAUUGCAGGAAACGUUAAAGAGCUAGCAUACUACACUAUAUCCUUUCAACAGAUAACUGAGGAACAGGUGCAAAACUGGUCACGUGAUGCUAACCAGUAUGUUGCUGAUGAGGAUGAUGUAACUUAUAGCUGUCGUGUGUCUGGAUCUCUUUUGCUGGAAGAGAUAGUCACUGCCUAUGAGGAUUACGGAAUUGAUGCAAUUUUGGAAGCUUCACAAGUUUGUUUUCGUGAAUCACGUGAAUUAAAACAAGCGGGUUCUGCCGACUGGUGGAGACUUCAUGAAGCAUCACUUUUUGCUCUAGGUUCACUAUCAGAACAUCUGUGUGAAGCACAGGAUUCUGGUUACAAUGUGCGAGAUUUACUUGAACAUAUGGUAACUGACAUUGUGGGAACAGUGGUGCACCAGUACCCAUUUCUUCAUGCACGUGCAUUCUCUGUUGUGGCCAAGUUCUCUUCAUUGAUAAGCAAGGGGAUCUGUGAACAAUAUCUAUGCAAUGCUGCUCAUGCAAUUGCCUCAGAUGUGCCACCACCAGUUAAAGUAGGAGCAUGUAGGGCACUGGCCGAACUUUUACCAGAAUCUAAUCAAAGUUCGAUGCCAAACAUUAUGGGCAUACUCUCAUCUCUUGUUGAUCUUCUGAGGCAGGCAUCUGAUGAAACACUGCAUCUUGUUCUAGAAACCCUCCAAUCAGCCAUUAAAUCUGGUGGUGAACAAUCAACAUCAAUUGAGCCAGUCAUCUCUCCUAUCAUACUAGAUGUAUGGGCCCAGCACAUUGCUGACCCAUUCAUCAGUAUCGAUGCUGUAGAAGUUCUAGAGGCCAUCAAGAAUGCUCCUGGAUGCUUAGAACCGCUUGUAUCUCGGAUUCUUCCAACAAUAGGGACAAUUUUAUCAAAAUCCAAGAUCCAGCCGGAUGGACUAGUUGCAGGUUCCCUGGACCUCCUGACGAUGAUACUCAAAAAUGCUCCAGCUGCUGUGGUUAAGGCAGUGUUUGACACAUGCUUUAUAUCUACCAUUCAGAUUGUUCUUGAAAGCGAUGACCAUGGAGAGAUGCAGAACGCGACAGAAUGUUUGGCAGCAUUUAUAUCAGGUGGUCGGCAGGAGUUGCUUGUUUGGGGUGGUGAACAAGGAAGUACAUUGAAGAUGCUACUUAGUGCAGCUUCAAGGCUUUUAGAUCCAGAACUGGAAAGUUCAGUGUCACUUUUCGUUGGGAGUUACAUUUUACAACUUAUUUUACAUCUACCUUCACACCUAUCUCCCCACAUUCCGGAGCUCAUUGCUGCCAUUGUGCGUCGUAUGCAAACGAGCGACAUUGAAGGAUUGAAGAGCUCUCUUGUUGUUAUAAUAGCCAGACUAGUACAUCUAAGUGCACCAAACGUUGAUCAGUUUAUCAACCUUCUACUUGCAAUUCCUGCCCAGGGCUACGGAAAUUCACUGGUUUAUAUUAUGUCUGAAUGGUCACAGCUACAAGGUGAAAUUCAGGGAGCCUACCAGAUAAAGGUAACAACUACUGCAUUAGCUCUGCUCAUAUCUACGCGUCAUCCUGAGCUAUCUAGGAUUGAAGUUAACGGACAUCUUGUUAAGACUAGUGCAGGUAUAACCACACGGUCAAAAGCUCGGGUAACUCCAGAUAACUGGACCAAGAUUCCACUCCCAUCUAAGAUCUUUGCACUGUUAGCAGAUACUUUAGCUGAAAUUCAAGAACAAGUCGGUGAUGAUGCUGACAAUAUUGAUGAAGAGGAUAGUGACUGGGAAGAGGUUCAGAAUGGUGAUGCGACUCCACAUGAUAUAAUGUAUUCAGCAUCAGUUCCUUCGAAUGCUAAUCCGUCUGUUGAGCAUCUAAAUGCAAUGGCAAAAGUUUUCGAUGAGGAUGAAGACGGCAGUUAUGAUGAUGAUCUGGCAAAAACCGACUCUCUUAAUGAGGUGAAGUUGUCAGACUUCCUAACGAAUACCUUCGUCAACCUAUGGGGCAGCGAUCGGACACUUUUUGAGUAUCUUUGCCAGGGCUUAACAAAUCCACAAAGGGUUGCCAUACAGAAGGUUUUGCAGAAGUGAACCGUUCACAUGAGAUUAUUUAUUGGGCUUCAGAUUUCUCCUAAUGAUGUGUUAGGCUUAUUGUUUUUUUUUUUUUUUUUGGGGGGGGGGGUACUUUUUCUGGUAGCUUCGGUGUUUAGUCCACAUUUGAACUAAAUACCAAAACUCUCCAGAGGAAUACUGCCCCAUAUCUGAACAGGCUCUUGGCAUGUAUGUACAUUAUUUGGUGUCGGUGGUGCGAGGUUUUGUUAGCGUGCAAAAUAUGGCUAUUCGUUUAUGCCUUUGUUGUAUUGGAUGGUGUGUUUUCUUUAAUUUAUACCCAUGUUCGCUUCUUGAAAGAAUGAUGGGAAGAUUUAUUUGGUCGUGUCCCACCUGUUAACGCCAAUGAAGUUGAGUUGAUCUCCCAUUUGGCUAAUUAAUGGUGUUGCUUGA